AUGGCAGACAAGAUCUCAAUUACCAUCUGUGGGGAUGGCGGAUGUGGCAAGUCCUCAAUAACGCUUCGUCUUGUGCGAUCACAAUGGACCCAAGAAUACGACCCCACAAUCGAGGACUCGUACUCGGUAACCCGCACCAUCGAGGGUCGCUCUUAUCAUCUCUACCUUACCGACACCGCCGGCCAAGAGGAAUACCGUUCCUUUUGGGCCAGUUCCAACCUCUCCUCCGACGCCUUUUUGCUAGUUUACGACCUCACUAAUCCUUCCUCGCUCGAUGCACUUACCCAUUAUAUGGAGAUGAUCGAUAUCGAGACCGAGCACCGGGUAGAGGAGAAUGCCAGCCUGCUGAAAAGUGACGGUGGAGUCCUAGGAGAAGAGGAGCGGAAGUUGGUCAAGCCGAUGCCGGUCAAGAUCGUUGCUGGGAACAAAUGCGACCUCAAGGCAGACAGGAAGAUAAGUGCAAGGCAGGGAUUGAAUUGGGCGAGAAGACGGGGUUGUGGAUUCAUGGAGACCAGUGCGAGGGAGGUGGUGAAUAUUGAGGAGACUUUUGCCCUAAUCGUCCGUCGCGUUAUCGAAGCCCGCCGCCAAUGCCAAAUCAACCCCAUCAACCCCAAUCCCUACAGCGGCCCCAACACUUCCGUCCGCACCUCGAUCAUGAAUCUCACCAAAGAAAACGCGCUCAGAGCCGCCGCUGGUCGUGGAGAUAACGACACCAUGGUGGCCGUCGCCAGGACACCCGCUCUCCUCCGUCCCACUACCGCCGAAUAUGAUGAUGAGGAAAAGAGAAUGAUGGUGAAGAAGGGGGAGAGUACGAGGUUGGAUGGCAGGCCUGUGAGGAGGAGAUCGAUCCUGGGGAAGGGGGUGAGUAUAUUGGGAAAGUUGAAGUGUUGGGGUAAGACGAGACGCCGAUGA